AAAACACGAUUCAUUCAGUCGAAGAAGCAGCUCUGACUUCGCAUUUAAAAUUUUCAACUUCUCGAUUUUAUUUCCGGUAUCAAGAAACAGGGAAAGAGAAUGAAGGACAUAAUUCUGGUUCUGUGCACGCUCUACCUGGCUUCUUUCGCAGUGGUUCGGGCCGACGAGGCAAGAACAUCGUGUUUGCAAGAGGCGGGUGUCACUAUCGAAAAUGUCCCUUCAAUAGCGCGCGACAUGUCCGACGAAGGAAUAAGGAGGCGCAGUUGUAUCAUUGCCUGCAUGAUGCAAAAAGUUGGCCUGAUGAAUGGUAACAUGAUCGAUAUGGAAAGGAUGGAACAAUUGAUCGACCAGAUCACGCCUAACGUCGUGAACGUGAAUGAACUACGGCAAUCUGUGCGCCAGUGCGUCGAAAGCGCUGCGAACGAUGACCAAUGCGUCGUCGCUCAAAACUUGGUCACCUGCGCCCAGGACCAAGUGAGGAACGCUUUUAGACAAUUGAUGCCCGGUACAUUUGUUUAAAUUUUCUGGAUUCUGAACAUGCUUGGACCUCCACGACUCCAAAUUAUUACACGUCCUACAGUAUACCUCGCACCAAGAAGCUGUUACGUGAUCAUUCAAGGACAGAUGAACAUCUUGUGUUACGUCGAUGACCAUGUGUACACACGGAAGUUGCUCGGUAUAAUUAUUGCUCUCUAUUCGCGUAAUUAUUGAAAAAAAAUACUGAACGAAACGUCGAACUGUCCGACGUUCAAAGGAAAUUCUUAUGCACGAACCUUCUAAUAAAUUCUAAUGCACUUGAGAAAUAAAA